AUCGUCUUUGUAUUCGUCACAACCGUCAGACUUGUCUGUAUACAGUCAUCCCAAAACAUUGACCACCCAGCUUAGAGGAAAGGUCUUCAUUAUAUUACCGAGCAACGCCUUCGAGUAGGGUCUAAUUCUUCGAUCCCUGGAAUUGAUUAUACGAGACUGUUUGCAAGUCAUUCUGUUAUCUCCGAUCUGCAAGCCCUCUCGUUCGUUGCUGUUACCAUCUGUCUACCUUGUUCUCCCGUGUAUUCUUGUGAAAGUGGCAUUCCUCUUUUGAUCUAAUUACAUUGACAACGCAAUCAUUGGACAUCCAAUUGAAUAAAAUGUCAUCCUCUGUUCAUUUCAAGUUCAAGUCCCAAAAAGAGCCCUCCAGGGUAACUUUCGAUGGCACCGGUAUAUCCGUCUUCGAGCUGAAACGAGAGAUUAUCAAUCAGAGUAGGUUGGGUGAUGGAACCGAUUUUGAGCUUUCUGUCUACAAUGAGGAUACUGGAGAAGAGUACGAUGACGACACCAGCAUCAUACCGCGGUCGACAUCGGUCAUAGCUCGAAGGCUGCCAGCAUCGAGACCAGGGAAAGGCGGCGCCGCGCGUUAUGUAUCUGGGAAAAUGCCGCUCAAUGCACGCAGCGUUCCUCGUAACGAACAGCCUUCAUCAGUCCGAGGCGCUCUCAAUAGUCAACCCAUCAGCAACGGCGUCCUCGAACUCAACAAUGCGCAAACUGAAGAGGAGAAGAUCAAUGCCCUUUUCAACUUGCAAGCGCACCAAUGGAAAGAGCAACAGCAAGAAAUGGCGAAUGCCACACCUGUUCCUUUCGGCCGUGGGAGGGGUAAGAUUAUAAACGGAAUUUCUCAAGAACGCCCUAUGCCCCCUGGGUAUAUAUGUUACCGCUGUCGUGAGAAGGGCCAUUUCAUACAUGAAUGUCCUACGAAUAAUGACCCCAAAUUUGAUGGCAAAUAUAGAGUGAAACGCUCAACUGGGAUACCGAGAUCACUUCAAACCAAAGUAGAGAAGCCCGAAAAUCUCACUUUGGAUGCCUUGAAUGAGGAUUCAAGGAACACAGGCGUAAUGGUCAACGCUGACGGCGAUUUUGUUAUUGCUAAGCCGGAUAAGGCUGCCUGGGAGCUUUAUCAAGAAAAAGCCAAGGCUUCUGCUGCUGCUGCUGCUGAAGCAGCAGCAGCUGAACGCAGCAAAGAGCUUCAGGCACGUGGCCUAGAAUGUCCGAUAGAUAAAAGAAUGUUUCUGGAGCCUACAAAGACCCCAUGCUGCCAGAAAACGUACUGCAAUGAUUGUAUUGCAAAUGCGUUAAUUGAGAGUGAUUUUGUUUGCCCUGGAUGUGGGACAGAGGGAGUUCUUCUUGAUAAUCUCUCUGUCGACGAUGAGGCCAUCACCAGAAUCAAAGAAUACGAAACUGAGAAGACAGAUCAAAAAAAAGAAAGAGACAAGCAGACAGUGGACCAAGAGGUCCAAACCAACAACAGAGCCCCGGUUUCAGGCCUGGUCUCGGUUACGGCAAAAGAGAGUCCUCCUGCCAUCGCCCCUUCAAAUGCGCCCGUGUCUUCGAAAAAACGGCUUGCGGAUGCUGAACCUAACAACGUGGCCUCCGGAAGUAUAAGUCCAGGUUCAUCCCUUAAGAAACAAAGAAAAAGCGACUCUCACAACAAACAAUCUGGUGAGUCGCAGACUACACAGACCCAAGAAUCUUCCAGUGGCUUGCAACCGCCCCCUUUCGGCCAGCAGAUGAGUUUUGGGGGCCUUGGAUUUGCUCCAACUCAGGGAAUGGCGGCCAUGCCAUUCCCUGCUCCUGGGUUCAGUGCUGAAGGGCCCGGUUUCCCGACCUUUUUGGGCAUGCCCCCAGCCAAUGCGUUCCCCUCCAACAUGAACCAGGUCUGGAACCCGAUGAACGGUGCGAAUUUCAAUCAGCUUCCUGGGGUAAUGUAUGGUGACCAUAUGAAUGGGUAUGGCGCAAAUAUGUUUGGCAGUGCGGGAGAUUCAAGUUUCACCAUGUUUCCUAUGUCACAGAUGAACGGACUAGUCCAGUCGAACACCGACUUUUCGCAAGCCUUGGAAAUGGGCCAGUUUGCAAACCAGCAGCGUACCACUUUUAGUACCCCGUUCGCCAGAGAAGAGGAUACCGCAUAUUUUCGUCAGCCUGUCAACCCACAGCGGCACCAGGCAAGACAUCGAAGGACAAGACCGAGCGAUUACAGGGAACUUUGAGAAGAUGUCAUGGUGUUGGACACAGCUUCCUAAUCAUGUUCUUCUUUUUUGGUGUUGGUGCCUAUAACCCUCUCAGUUUGUUUUCCUGCUUAAAUUCCUCUUCCUCUUCCCCGCCC